CCAUAUUCACCGUGGUCACUCUGUCGUGUCCUAAAGCCGGUAAAAUAAUGGACUCUGCAAAUUCGUUGAAAUGUGCUGUGACUUUACAAUACCUCAACAAUCAAGGAUCCUUGUCAAACAAAGUGUCCCACAGUUCGGCGACAUUGCGUUUAUUUCGCAAUGGUACGCGACAAAUGCUCAUAGAAAUCCAACCGGACAAACGCAACGGCCGAGUAGAAUUGUCGCUCACAGGCUUUACUGUGUUCAAAAAGUUUAUAACCGAAGGCAAGGCGUCAAUUAAAUUCUUAGAACAGAAUUGCACCCUGUUCAUGUCUAAUGCCCCGCCAGCGCAGCUGAUAUCAUUCCUCAAAAUGAUAUUCGUCAAAAUGACCGGUCAACCGGGUAAGAAUCCAUCUCAAAAUCCACUGCGUGAUCAGCUCCUGUCCAACAAGCCGCUGCAAGCGGUCCAAGAAAUAAGUCCAGCCACAUCCGCCGAGGUAAACAAAGCCAAGGAAAAAGCAAUUUGUGUUUCGCGGGCCACAUUCACUACCCCAUCACCCUCCAAUGUGAGGAAACGAAAAAUCAUCGAUCACAGUCAACCGAAAAUUCCAUUAGUUAAGAAACUCUAUAAUAAUCCAACCGUCUGCAACCUUACUGAGGAGCAAACAGCUGUUCUAAACGCUGCUAUUGCUGGGCAAAGCUUAUUCUUCACUGGCUCGGCAGGUACCGGGAAAUCUUUUCUGCUCAAAAGAAUUAUCGCUGCCUUGCCACCCGACGUUACUGCCGCCACAGCUAGUACAGGUGUAGCUGCUUGCCACAUCGGGGGAAUAACGCUGCAUCAAUUCGCUGGUAUCGGUAUCGGUUCUGCAUCUCUAGAGAAGUGCUAUGAGUUAGCAUCGAGGCCGACAGCAGCUCAGAUUUGGCGGAAGACCAAGCAUCUCGUUAUUGAUGAAAUAUCUAUGGUUGAUGGUGAUUAUUUUGACAAAAUCGAAGCUGUUGCCAGGAGGAUAAGAAAGAACGACAAACCAUUCGGGGGAAUACAGCUUAUUCUUUGCGGAGAUUUCCUGCAGCUUCCUCCGGUUACCAAAGUUGCAGAUAAGAUGAGGUUCUGCUUCCAAAGCAAGUCUUGGAAAGAGUGUGUUAAACACACUUUUGAACUCCAAAAAGUUCACAGACAAAAUGAUCCGACUUUUAUCAGCAUUUUGAAUAAUAUCAGGAUAGGAAGAGUCACUGAUGAAAUUGCGAAAAUUCUUGUGGCAACAUCUAGUCAACAGAUUGAGAAAGAUGGAAUUCUGGCUACCAGACUAUGCUCGCAUAUCAACGACGCCAACCUAAUUAACGAGUCUAAACUGGAACAGCUGGAUGGAGAAUGCAGGACAUUCUUAGCCGAGGACUCUGAUACUUAUAUGACCAAGACUCUCGAUCAGCAGCUACCGGUUACCAGUAAAUUAGACUUGAAAGUCGGGGCCCAAGUUAUGCUCCUGAAAAACAUAAGCAUUGCUGAUGGUUUAGUAAAUGGAGCUAGAGGCAUAGUAAUUAAAUUUGUAGAAGAUGCCCCAGUAGUUCGUUUUCGAUGUGGCAAAGAGUAUAGAGCAAAAUUAGAUAAAUGGACAAUAAAAACGGCUGCCGGUGCAGUUAUUUCUAGGAAACAAAUUCCACUGAAACUUGCCUGGGCGUUUUCAAUCCAUAAAAGUCAAGGGCUUACUUUAGAUUGUGUUGAAAUGAGCCUUGGGCGAGUUUUUGAUGCUGGGCAAGCUUAUGUCGCACUGUCUAGGGCCCAAAACCUGCAAGCUUUAAGAGUUUUGGAUUUCAGUGCUAACCAAGUGUGGGCUAAUCCAGUUGUACUUGAAUUUUACAAGAAGUUCAGAAGACAUUUAAGAGAGAUGGAAAUGAUACCACUUGGGAAAAAGCCACGUAAAUAGUAAUAUCAAAUUCAGGGCAAUAUUGUUUUGACUGUGGUGCACCUAUAUUUCCUUUGUUUAAUUUUAUUCCGUGAUAACAAAUUCCAAGAGUUAAUAUUAAGAGAGUAGAAUAUUUUUAUAACCAGGAAAAAUGUUAGAAGGAUGCACAGGAUGUCUUGUGUAUUAAAAUCGAUCUGAAAAAGGAUCCAAUAUUUCAGACACUACUACUUAACAGUACACUAC